GAAUAACACUAAUACCCACAAAUCAAAACACGAUCCGCUUCAAGUUUUCUCUCGGUUGUAGAAAGAAAGAAGUUUGACAUGGAUAGUAGAAGUCAUAGAGGAUGACAAACUUUUGACUGACACAUGUUUUCAGGAAUGUAUUUUUCUCCAUCAUGUCCAGAAGAUGAUGGCCAAACUGCAGCUGAAACUUUUUCAUAAGUGCUGGGGAAAGGAGUUUUCAUGUAAGAGAGAGCGGACCAGGAUCCCUGUACGAGUCUGUUUGCUUUAUUAGUUAAGACUUGUGUAUAUUUCUGUAUUUAUCAUCUACACGUGCGCUUGUACGUGCUGUGACACUUACUGGAUUUUAAUGUAAAAUAUUCAGAAGAUUCAAAACUUCAACUCAACUUUAUUCCUGACCUGUCAAAUUGGCUUUAUUGGCGCUCUAAAGGACAAAAUCUCCGGUAAUAGUAUUGAAUUGAACGGAUAUCAUGCAGAAGCUGAAUUCGGUAAACAGUCACGCGGAGCUCCAGCAGCGGCUGGCGGAUCUCGACGGAUCCGGAGACACGGCGAGGGAGAACGGCACGAAACACAUCCCGAGUCCCGCGGAACCUGUGGAUACGGUUCAGUGCUCCAGCAGAAAGAUGCUGGUCGGGCUGGACGUCCUCUGUCUGCUCGUGGCCUCCAUUCCGUUCUUCGCCUGUGAGCUCAAAGCGGUGAAACCAUACAUGAGGGGCUUCUUCUGCGGGGACACCAGCAUCACUUACCCUUACAUAGAAAUUGAGGCCAUUCCUGACAGCAUGCUUAUAGCCGGGGGCAUCAUAAUCACAGGACUUACGAUUGCUGUCGGAGAGUGUUACCGUGUACGAUUCAGAAGUGUGCACUCACGGGCGUUUGUGCGCAACCUCUACGUGUCCUGUCUGUAUAAGGAGCUGGGCAGCUUCCUGUUUGGCUGCUGCGUGGGGCAAUCCUUGACCAACAUGGCGAAGCUGAGUGUGGGCCGACUCCGUCCCCACUUCCUGUCAGCGUGCAAUGUGACCUAUGAAUCACUCAACUGCGUACCCGGAACCUACAUCUCAAAUGUCUUCUGCGGCAACAAUUCCAAGAUAGUGGAUGAGGCCAGAAAGUCCUUCUUCUCGGGCCAUGCAUCUUUCGCCAUGUACACCAUGCUUUACCUGGCAUUUUACCUGCAGGCGCGUUUGUCAUGGCGAGGGGCACGGCUCCUGCGACCGUUGCUGCAGUUCAUGUUGGUGAUGUUAGCAGUGUACACAGGACUCACUCGCAUUUCUGACUACCGCCAUCACCCCACUGACGUCCUGACCGGCUUCCUGCAGGGAGGACUGACCGCAUACUGGGUGGCCUUUUAUAUUUCGUCCAUGUUUAAGACGUCUCGUCCAGACAUGUCUCCAACAAGCUUGUCUCUGGAGAGUCCCCUGUCCAGCCAGCAGACCGUCUGCUAACAGAGACACCUGAGAGACAUGAGAAAGUGAAAAUGGGAGUGAUCGAGCGAAGAACGGGAAUGGGACAAAGAACUUUGAAACAUGCUCAUGUCUUGACAAGUCCUCACAGAGAACCAUUUCCUGUGCACUCUGAGAGAAGAACAGUUAUAUAUAUAUAUAUAUAUAUAUAUAUAUAUACACACAUAUACGUCUAACCCUUCAACAAACCCGUCCGCAAUGUAUCAGCCCUCCAUAGAUAAAUGAUAUUUUUAUAUAAAAAGUUUAUCCUUUAUAUUUUUGAAAUACGUUAUAGUUGAAGCUGCUAAUAAUUGUUGUUUUAUAAUUUGUCACCUGUAGUCCAGGCUCAGAGAUUCACGCGUCACAGUAACUUCAACAUGUCAAGCUUUUUGGCUCAUGUUGACUGUUGGAGGCCCAGUCUAAUGAAUUUCCAUUGGACAAAAAUGGACCAAUUGCAACACCGCUUUGGCCUCAGACCACACCCCCUUGUGUUUGCUAUUGGACCUGGCUUGACCACUGUUCUGGUGCGCUGUUGCACAAUCAUAGCGGUGCUGAUUAUAGACACCCUCUGUUUAUGAAAGCACAGAUUUGAUGCUAAUGCUAUUAAGCUUGUGUUGUAUUAAGUUUGUACUAACCACUUUCACUGCAUGAGUGAGACUGAAAGGAGGUUUGAGCCGACAACCUCCUCACCCCCCCUCCGCAUGAUGAGGGCUUGAAUCCCGCCCUAAACGCUCAGCGGACCGGGGGUCUAUACCUGUGUACCCUUUACUACUCAUAGCACUUGAACUACACUAUGGAAUCGUCGAAUUACUACAGAUAAUAUUUUAUAUUUUGUCUCCUUUAAUCAGUGUUUUACUUUCCUUCCUGCGGUCAGUGCCAUUUGUGUUCGUCUUUGUGUUUUGUCUUGUUUUCCCCCAAAUUAUAAUUAUUCAGAAUGAAUGUAAAUAAAUCAUUUUAUAAACGAUCCAGAUUUUCAGAAGUAUUAGCAUCGGUUCUUGUUUUACGUGUUUAUAUAUGUUUUUUAUCGUUUGUGUUGAUCAGGUACGCAGAGUUAUUGUUGCUAAUUGUUAAAGAGACUAGUGACUGAGCCACAGAUUGUCAGAAAGCUAUAUUCUACUUAUCUAGUUUCAUUUUAUUUGUUGGUUUCCCCUGUGAAAAGCCAAUGCGGCUGAAAUAACCACUGUAUUAAUAAACCAAACCAAUAAAAUGAAUGUUCAAUCUUUGUA